CCUGCUCCAUUCUUUCUAUAUGCCAAAGCCUUUUUGAUCUUGUUCUUGAUCUUGAUGUUGAUCUUGCCCACAAAUCAAAUCGAAGUCUUGUGGGUUUGUCUGAAAUUGAUUUUGUGCACUGAGGAAGUUCUGGAUCUGAAGGGUUUUUGGGCAUUUUGGUUCUUGGUGGAUGGAUCUGUGUUUUUUUGGGUCAAUCUGGUUGGAGAAUGCUGUGAGGGUUUUGCUUCUUUAGGUGUUUUUUGCAAUUUUUGAAGCAAAAGGUGUGUUGCUAGUUGCAGUCUUAAAGGAAGAAGCUUGCAACCUUCGUAGUGUGGAUUGAGAUUAUUUUAAGAAUCUUGAAGAAUCAAGGUUGUCUUGCCCUACAGACAAUUCAAACAAAUGGAUUCGGAGGGCCCGAAAUCAGAGGAAUCGCAGGCGAUGGUUAACAACUUGAAUUCUCAACUGCCAUUCCCUGAUGAAGUAUUGGAGAAAGUCCUUUCUUUCAUAGAUUCCCACAAGGACAGGAACUCGGUCUCCCUUGUCCGAAAAGAUUGGUACAAUGCCGAGCGAUGGACGAGGCAGAAUCUUUUCAUAGGAAACUGCUACUCAGUGUCCCCGGAGAUUGUGGCCAGAAGGUUUCCGAGAAUUAAGAGUCUCACACUUAAAGGGAAGCCGAGGUUUUCGGAUUUUAACAUGCUGCCGCACGAUUGGGGCGCCAAUGUCCAUUCGUGGUUGCUCACAUUCGCGCAAGUCUACCCGUUUUUAGAGGAGCUGAGGCUCAAGAGAAUGAUCGUCACCGACGAGAGCUUGGAUCUCUUGGCGAAGUCAUUCCCCAGCUUCAAAUGUUUAUCCUUGUGGAGCUGCGACGGGUUCUCGGAGAAGGGGCUCAAAGCCAUUGUCACUCAUUGCAGGUACUUGACUGAGCUCGACAUACAGGAGAGCAUAUCGUUCGACAUCGGCGGAGGUUGGUUGAGUUGCUUCCCGGAGACGUUGACGUCGCUCGAAGUACUGAACUUCUCGAGUGUCAAUAGCGCAGUAAAUUUCGAGGACCUCGAGAGCCUCAUUAGUCGAUGCAAAUCUUUGAGGGUUCUGAAGGUUAACGAGACGAUCACAAUCGAGCAAUUGCGGCGGCUGCUCGCGCUUGCCCCUGGGUUAGUCGAGCUCGGUGCGGGCUCCUUUCAGCAAGAGCUCACGCCUAAUCUAUACAGAGACAUUCAGAGAGCCAUCAAUGAUUGUAAGCAGCUACAAAUCAUUUCGGGUUUAUGGGGCGCAAGCACGGAUCAUCUCCCUGUCCUGUAUGGCGCUUGCGCCGGGCUCAGUUUCUUAAACUUGAGCGACGUUCCCGUUCCGACUGCUGACUUUGUGGCGCUUCUCGCGCAUUGCCCGAAUCUGACACGGCUUUGGAUUAGUGACACGGUCGAAGAUGAAGGGCUGGCAGCUGUUGGAUCUAAAUGUCCGUUAAUUGAAGAGCUCCGUGUCUUCCCUGCUGAACCGUUCGAAGGAGAUCAUCACAACGGUGUGACCGAGGUGGGUUUCUUGGCCGUAUCCCGGGGAUGCCGUAAACUCCGUUACGUCCUCUACUUUUGCCAGAGGAUGACGAACGCUGCGGUCGCAACCGUAGUACAGAACUGCCCGGACUUCACACACUUCCGGCUUUGCAUAAUGACUCCGCGCCUGCCGGACCACGUUACGAAUGGACCUAUGGAUGAGGGCUUCGGCGCCGUUGUCAAAACCUGCCGUAACCUUAGACGCCUCUCGGUUUCGGGCCUUCUCACGGAUCUUGCGUUCGAGUACAUUGGGAAGUAUGCGAAGAAUCUGGAGACGCUUUCGGUGGCAUUCGCUGGCAACAGCGAUCGGGGAAUGCAGUGUGUUCUCGGGGGCUGUCCGAAGCUGAGGAAGCUCGAGAUCCGAGAUUGUCCUUUCGGGAACGCGGCUCUGCUGUCGAAACGAGAGAAGUAUGAGAACAUGCGGUCGUUGUGGAUGUCGACGUGCUAUGUGACGAUGAAGGGCUGCAGGCUGCUCGCGAGGGAGAUGCCGAGGUUGAAUGUCGAGGUCAUUGCGGAGAACGGGAGCGACGACAGCAGUGUUGUCGAUAAAGUUUAUGUGUACCGUUCCGUGGCAGGGCGGAGACGCGAUGCGCCACCGUCGGUCGUAACGCUCUGAUGAAUUCUGAUGCUGUUUUUGAUCGGCGUUUGUUCUCAGAAGAGCAAUGGGGGCGCCGGCAGCCGGCCGGCGGCGGCGUUGGGGAGGACCAAAUGAUUCUCUUUGGUGCAAAGGGAAGAUUUAUUCGUGAACAAAGAGAAGAUGGAUCGAUCUCCUAGCAGCAGCCAUUUGUGCAUUAUUCCUGUUUUGUUAUUACUACUCAAAUAAUGAACUAACUGUGGAAGAUGAUGCAUUUGAAAUUGGACAAUCCUCAUUGAGACACUCUUUCUUGUUCUAUUUAUUGUCUAUCUUACUACC